GUGGGCCUCGUCCGAGAGGCUGAUAGUGCGCAGGACCGCAGGUCGAAUACCUGGUCAAAGUCUACUCACAAGUUCUUCUGUCAAGUCCACCAGGUGAUUAAUUCUUUAAGCAAUUAAUCGGUUGUGAUACGCGGCUUUUCACAGCAGCCAGCUGCCACCCACAGUCUGUCCAAACUGGACCCAGCAGCCACUACAUAAGCUCCAGCCUGUGCCUGUCUGCCAGCGCUUAUUUCUUGAUUAUGAACGUCGAUCUUAGAGAAGUUCAUACUGGUAACGAGGUUAGGACACAUGGUAUUUCCGGUUUCUAACCUAAGCUUCACCCCUUCCUGGUCACCCAGAAGUCUUUAUUUCGUUAUAACCAUUAAGGUUCGGCUUUAAGCAACCCUUCUCGCCACACUCCCUGCUAUCGCAUGUUCAUCACAUGCCACAUCGUUUUUCUCGGUUAUUUCUCUCUUUUUGUCUGCUUAGCACCGUGACUCUGGUAGUUUCCGCUCAACAGCAAGUCAUCAUUGGGAGUACCAAUCCAGAUAUCGUCUACCUUCCUCCACUAUGCAAUGUUUCAAAUAUAGAAUGCCUUAGUGCAUGGCAGCAAACAUACAUUGACUAUCCUAGCAUUAAUGGAACACCGGUAAUUGUUACUAGCACAACAGGCCCGAUACCACAAACCGGCAACUUCGUGCCCCAGUUGUUUUUGACCUUUAGAGCAUCUACGCUAUAUCUGCGCACAUCUCCCUUUUCCAACGCGACCGUCAAUUUCUCCCUCACCGCUGAUCCGAGCGGCGUCACAAUUACAAAACAGGGCAUCACUUUCCUCCAAGAGCUUUCUCCCACCCGUUUGGACGUCGAGUCGAUCACGCUCAACGUUACAAAUAACAGUGCGACCUCCUCUUAUCUUCCAAUACCGUCAUUACCCACGUCAACUUUUCCUCCGAGCCUUUUACCAUCUUCAACGACCACAGUGAAUUCGAAUACCAGCCAGCGAACAGGCAUCAUCAUCGGUGCGACUUUAGGCGGGGUGCUUGGCCUUUUAGCCAUAUCGACAGCAAGUUUUUUUGUUUAUUGGAGGUGGCGAAGACGACAAAUUUGGCGGUCGGAGGUAGAUGUAGGAAUAUAUCCAAUGAGACGACGGACGCCAAGGACUUGGUGAUCGUAAUAUACCCUACUUAUAUCGAGAUUUCGGAUUUUGGUAUGAAUACUGAACACAGUAAUUUAUUGUAUAAGGGACUAUAUACUUCA